CGUUGUUCAACAAUUCCUUGCGCCCCACAUUAGCCCCUCGUAUGCUUCCAUCACCUCGUCUCAUGAUCGCUCCCAGAAACAUUACUUUCCAUAGCCCACUUAGCCUACUCCUCCUCCAUAAGGCGUCUGCGCGAACUUGAGCUCCCAGCAUCAACAGCAAUGGCUCUCCGACUUAUUCUGCUAUUGCAAUUGGUCGCUUGUUCUUCCUUUGCUGCUGCUGCUUUUGCUGCUGCUCCGUCACCUAGCCCAGCAUUUCUGGGCGAUCCAUCAGCGAAUCCGCACUCAAAAGUAGCCGAGUCGGUUUUUGCGCAUAAGGCGGCAUGGUCAGGGCCCAUGAACCCUGGUGCGACUCCAGAUAUCAUAGUCGCUCAGGAUGGCUCGGGGAAUUUUAGGACGAUACAAGAGGCGAUUAACUACGUGACGCCGUAUUCUGUGAAACCCGUGAAGACGGUCAUUUUCGUCAGGGCUGGGACAUAUUUGGAGGAAGUCGUGAUUCCAUCCUCUCAUCGAUUCAUCACGCUGAUUGGCGAGCCCGGACUCACUCGCGUCAAGUUCAACAAGUACUCGGCCAAGCUCGACGCAAAUGGCAACCCCAUCGGCACAGCGGGUACGGGCACUGUAGCCGCGUUGGGCGAUGAUUUCACAAUGAUCAACAUGAUUCUCGAGAACUCCUCGCCGCGCCCGCCACCCGCCACCGUCGGAUUCCAAGCCGUUGCUUUCCGCGCUAGCGGCAAUCGCACUGUGGUGUACAAUUGCAGCUUCUUCUCCUACCAGGACACUCUAUACGCGCACGAGGGCUUCCAGUAUUAUAAGGACUGUUACAUCUUCGGCGAAAUGGACUUCGUUUUCGGGGGCGCGCGCGCCAUCUUCGAUUCGUGCACCUUCUACAUGGACUCGAUGGGUACCGCCGCCGUCACGGCGCAGAAGCGGGACCUACCGACGGAGGACACGUGUUUCGUGAUCAUGAACUCGCACGUCACGGGGAAGAAUCAGGGGUGGCUGGGCCGCGCGUGGGGGAAAUACUCGUGCACUAUCUUCGCGUACUCGUCCCUAGACAAUGUCGUCGCUCCCGAAGGCUGGAGCGAUUUCACCGUCCCCGCUAGAAGACUGACGACGUUCUACUCUGAGCACAAGAACCGCGGGAUGGGCAGCGUGCUGGAAGGCCGCGUGUGGUGGCAGCGGGUGAUGUCGGCGCGGCAGGUUAAGAAGUAUCUGACGACGGACUACAUCGGGCUUGGCACCUGGAUUCCGCAGCUGCCGGUGAUCAACCGCAACGCCGCGACGCCGAAGCUGAUCCCCAAGGCGGCGCCGGCGAACGCCAAGUGGCGGUCGUGCGUGCUCGACGAGGACAACGCGGACGAUUCCCAGGCGAAGAAGAACAAAAAGUGCUCCAAGUGCUGCACGCGCAAGGCGCCUGUCAGCCAGCGCCGCGACUGCAUGAACUUCUGCAUGAAGUGAAAGACUACUAGCCAGAGCAAACGCGCCAGGCGAGGGGACUGUUGGUGGGGGGACGGCGGGGGGGGGGAGAGGAGGGGCUGCAGUAAGGAGGCGGUGGAGGAGCGCCGCUCCUGGCGGUAGCAGGAGGGAGGAUGUGAGGUGGUAGGCUGAACCUUGGGUGCGGUAAGUGCGGUGACUUAUUUACUGGCCGAGGCCAAGUAAACAUAGCAGAAUGGAGGAGAAAUAAAUGAUGGUACACUCAUGAGGCUAUAGGAUAACACAACUUACAAAUAAUUGCCCCUUUACAAAAUCUCACAUGUCAUCACAUCACUAUAUUUAGGCAUUCUAGCUUGUUCACAAUAUAUUUUUGUACUGCUGCAUAUGAAAUAAAUUGCCCGCAAGCAA